GAAUCAGCGCCGGGCUCCUUCCGCUGGAUGGAUUCAAACGGGAAUCCCGUGUGCCAGGAUGGAUUCUAACAGGGAUCCCAGAUUCCAGGAUGGAUUCUAACAGGGAUCCCGUGUGCCAGGAUGGAUUCUAACAGGGAUCCCGUGUGCCAGGAUCAGUGGGACCAGUCCUGAGCUCAGCUCCUGGUGUCCCGACGGGAAUUCGGCUUGGGAAUUGUCAGCUCCGAGCGCCAGCGCUGUUUGCUGUGAGAGGGAGAGGCGAGGAAUCAGCGCCGGGCUCCUUCCGCUGGAUGGAUGGAAACAGGGAUCCUGUGUGCCAGGAUGGAUUCAAACAGGAAUCCCGUGUGCCAGGAUGGAUUCAAAUGGGAAUCCCGUGUGCCAGGAUGGAUUCAAAUGGGAAUCCCGUGUGCCAGGAUGGAUUCAAACGGGAAUCCCGUGUGCCAGGAUGGAUUCAAACAGGGAUCCUGGGUGCCAGGAUGGAUUCUAACAGGGAUCCCGGGUUCCAGGAUGGAUUCUAACAGGGAUCCCGGGUUCCAGGAUGGAUUCUAACAGGGAUCCCAGGUUCCAGGAUGGAUUCAAACAGAAAUUCCAUUUGCCAGGACUGGUGGGACCAGUCCUGAGCUCAGCUCCUGGUGUCCCGAGGGGAAUUCUGCUUGGGAACUGUCACAUCUGAGUGCCAGCGCUGUUCCUUGUGGUUCCCUGUGAGGAAUUAACCCUGGUCUCCUUCCCCUGGAUGGAUUGAAACAGGAAUUCCAUGUGCCAGGAUGGAUUCAAACAGGGAUCCUAUGUUCUGGGAUGGAUUCAAACAGGGAUCCUGGGUUCCAGGAUGGAUUCAAGCAGGGAUCCCGGGCUCCAGGAUGGAUUCAAGCAGGGAUCCUGUGUUCCAGGAUGGAUUCAAGCAGGGAUCCCGGGUUCCAGGAUGGAUUCAAGCAGGGAUCCCGGGUUCCAGGAUGGAUUCAAACAGGGAUCCUGUGUUCCAGGAUGGAUUCAAGCAGGGAUCCUGUGUUCCAGGAUGGAUUCAAGCAGGGAUCCCGGGUUCCAGGAUGGAUUCAAGCAGGGAUCCCGGGUUCCAGGAUGGAUUCAAGCAGGGAUCCCGGGUCUGGCAGGGAUGGAUUCAAGCAGGGAUCCCAGGUUCCAGGAUGGAUUCAAGCAGGGAUCCCAGGUUCCAGGAUGGAUUCAAGCAGGGAUCCCGGGUUCCAGGAUGGAUUCAAGCAGGGAUCCCGGGCUCCAGGAUGGAUUCAAGCAGGGAUCCCGGGUUCCAGGAUGGAUUCAAGCAGGGAUCCCGGGCUCCAGGAUCGGUGGGAGCGAGGGAGUGGCCAGUGCUCCCUGGGGCCGUGGCCACCAGCACGGCCAGCGUCUCUGCCCCGCAGGGUGGGAGAAUCCAGCCGGCUCCCCGGGUCUGGCAGGGCUUGGAUGCUGGGUUUGGGAUCUCGGGAUGGGUUUGGGGAUCUCCCUGGGAUGUGCUCGGGCGCCCCGAGGACAGCAAGGACUGCGCACGAGGUCGUGCUGCAGCGACCGAGGUCGCUCCCGUCCCUCACCCUGACCUUUGUUUCCCCGCAGGUUUUGGCGUUCCUGGAGGGAAUUCCUGCUGGGAUCUCCUGGAGAGGACCCCGGACCUGACCGCGCCCAGGAGCGGCGCUCGUCCCCUCCACCGGGAUCCUCCCGAGCCAGGGUUCGCCCCUGGACGCUUCCCCUGCGCUGGGAUCCCCAGCCCGGAUUUGGGAUGGGAUUUGGAUGCUCCCUUCUGUCCGCAGCUGGGAAUGGCACGGCCGGGAGGCUGCUCCUCCCAAACCCCGUGGAUUUACUGCUCUUGGCAUCAUCCUGCUGCCGCCGGCUCCGGCACAGGGAAAUUCCCGAGGGACACACGUGGAAAAGCAGCACUCACAGCCUGAGGCUGCAACUCCCUCUUUUCCUGGGCUACUCUGAGCAUCCUGGCUCUGGAGAAGGAUUCCCUGCACUCCUGGAGGACAAAUCCUGCUGCUCUGAGGCCUCGCCAGCGAUCCUGUGCCUCAGACCCUGCCCUGCUCGGAGCUCCUGAAGCGUUUGUGGUGCCGCUCUCCAGUUUCAGGCACCCCAAAAGGACAAAGAGCCCCAAAUCCGCUCCCCUCGGAACACCAAAUUCCAGGGUCCCUGCUGAAGGCUCGGGUGAGGGACACAGGGGACAGCCAGGAGCAGCUCUGAGGAUGGACAAUGCAGCUCAGGACACAGGGGACAGCCAGGAGCAGCUCCUGAGGAUGGACAAUGCAGCUCAGGGACACAGGGGACAGCCAGGAGCAGCUCUGAGGAUGGACACUGCAGCUCAGGGACACAGGGGACAGCCAGGAGCAGCUCUGAGGAUGGACACUGCAGCUCAGGGACAGCCAGGAGCAGCUCCUGAGGAUGGACAAUGCAGCUCAGGGACACAGGGGACAGCCAGGAGCAGCUCCUGAGGAUGGACACUGCAGCUCAGGGACACAGAACAGCCAGGAGCAGCUCCUGAGGAUGGACACUGCACCUCACGGACACAGGGGACAGCCAGGAGCAGCUCCUGAGGAUGGACACUGCACCUCACGGACACAGGGGACAGCCAGGAGCAGCUCUGAGGAUGGACACUGAAGCUCAGGGAACAGCCAGGAGCAGCUCCAAGGACAAAUCCUGCAUCUGCAGCUCAGGGACAGGCAGGAGCAGCUCCGAGGAUGGAUACUGCUGCCCAGGGACACAGGGGACAGCCAGGAGCAGCUCCCAAGGAUGGACACUGCAGCUCACGGACACAGGGGACAGCCAGGAGCAGCUCCGAGGAUGGACACUGCAGCUCAGGGACACAGGGGACAGCCAGGAGCAGCUCCUGAGGAUGGACACUGCAGCCCAGGGACACAGGGGACAGCCAGGAGCAGCUCUGAGGAUGGACACUGCAGCUCAGGACACAGGGGACAGCCAGGAGCAGCUCCUGAGGAUGGACAAUGCAGCUCAGGGACACAGGGAACAGCCAGGAGCAGCUCCUGAGGAUGGACACUGCACCUCAGGACACAGGGGACAACCAGGAGCAGCUCCUGAGGAUGGACAAUGCAGCUCAGGGACAGGCAGGAGCAGCUCCUGAGGAUGGACACUGCAGCUCAGGACACAGGGAACAGCCAGGAGCAGUUCCCCAGGAUGGACACUGCAGCCCAGGACACAGGGAACAGCCAGGAGCAGCUCUGAGGAUGGACACUGCACAUCAGGGACACAGGGGACAGCCAGGAGCAGCUCUGAGGAUGGACACUGCACCUCAGGACACAGGGGACAGCCAGGAGCAGCUCCUGAGGAUGGACACUGCAGCUCAGGGACACAGGGGACAACCAGGAGCAGCUCUGAGGAUGGACACUGCAGCCCAGGGACACAGGGAACAGCCAGGAGCAGCUCUGAGGAUGGACACUGCAGCUCAGGGACACAGGAGACAGCCAGGAGCAGCUCCUGAGGAUGGACACUGCACCUCAGGACACAGGGGACAGCCAGGAGCAGCUCCUGAGGAUGGACACUGAAGCUCAGGGAACAGCCAGGAGCAGCUCCAAGGACAAAUCCUGCAUCUGGAGCUCAGGAACAGCCAGGAGCAACUCCGAGGAUGGACACUGCAGCUCAGGGACAGGCAGGAGCAGCUCCGAGGAUGGACACUGCACCUCAGGGACAGCCAGGAGCAGCUCCGAGGAUGGAUACUGCUGCCCAGGGACACAGGGGACAGCCAGGAGCAGCUCCGAGGAUGGACACUGCAGCCCAGGGACACGGGGGACAGCCAGGAGCAGCUCCAAGGACAAAUCCUGCAUCUGGAGCUCAGGGACAGCCGCUCGCCCCCGGCAGUGAUGGAACAUCAGGGUGGGAGAGGUUCUUCCCCCAGCUCCAAACCAAAGCCAGCUCCUCGGCCGCUCCUCCCUGGAACUCCAGAUCCCUCCCCGGGAGCGGCAUUCCUGCCGGAGCUGAGCUCCUCCCACAUGCACUGACAGGGCUCCAUCGGCGAUUUUCGGCUGGGCUCUGGGAAUUGUCCCGUUGGAUCCUGGCCAUGGAUGGAUGGAUGGAUGGAUGGAUGGAUGCUGAAGAGCUCUUGGGCCAAACAGGAGCUCAGGGAUUUUCUCUGGCAAGGACCAAGCGCUUGCCCGGUUUCCAGUGGAUUUUUUGUCGUUAUUUUUAUUUUCACCCCUCUGCACUUUUUGCUGUUUUGCUGUGUUUUGGGGGUUUGGGUGUUUCCUGAGGAUGCCGGAGCUGCAGUGAAUCCCGUGGUGGGAACUGGAGCCUCUGGAGGAGCAGGAGCUGGGCUGAUGCUGGGGUUUCAAACUGCCUGGCAGGGGCUGGGCGGCCUCGGGAGGCUCCUUCUGCCACACCUGGAACAUCCCAGCGGAUCCCAGCCCAGGUGGGACCGGGGAGGAGGAGCAGGAACGGGGGAAAGCCGAACCACAGCCAGGGGAACGUCACCAGGAGGGGAAUGUCACCCUGAGAGACAAUUAAAUAAAUUGUAUUUAAUAAACCCCACUGGCUCCGGGAGUGCUGGAUGUUGUUUUCCAUUUCCUACGUUUCCAGGGGAUUUUGGGGAUGCCUUGGAUUGUCCUGAGAAACUCCUGCCCUAACAAAGCCCUGGGGUUUAAGGCCUUCAUUUUGCAGGAAAGUUCUCCCGUCCUUCCCCUCUUCCCCUCCCAGCCUUUCACCACCGCUGCCGUCCCUCCUGCUCCAAAAGCCACUGAAAUGCAAAUGAUUUCCCCUGAAAUCCCCUUGUUAAUUGUCCCUGGAUUCUGUUCCCUCCUGCCCUGCAAGCACCGGAAGGUGCCGUGUGGAAAUAAAACAUGAAAGGGAUAUUCACGUCGUGGAAA